UUGUACAACUUCCCACAGCCCGUGAACGCGGCCUUUGCUCACCAGCAGCGGCCAUCCGCACGCAUGGAUCGGCUCUCAUUCACCGAGUGGCCGCUGCGCGAGAACAACAGGCUACCUCCCCGCGUCGCGUGAUGCUGCAGAUCAAUGGGACAAGGGCUUCAACCCCCCAUGAAUCUAACAAAGAGCCAUAAAAUCAACAUAACAUCCCCACGGAAUCCUAAUUCGGGGACAGACCGCAAAGACAGCACCUUUUUUUUGUCAUGUCAAUAUGAUUAUCUUUUAGUCCCGCACGGUUUCUAUAUAAAAAAAUUCACUCCAUUAGACAAUAUUCCCAAGUGUCCCGGUAAGGAAGCAGAUGUCCUUCUGUAUUCUGCUGUGAGUCAGCUAUGUGGGAUAAACCAUUGGACAUCACCAAAGGGGUUCGGUUCCGAUCCAGACCCACUGGCAGGGAGUCCUCUCUCCAGCAGCAGCUCCCCCGUGUCCUCAUGUGGCACCAGUGACCCCCCUGCUCUCCAGCAACAGCCACGUGGGGCCAACCCCCCGAAGCUGCGUCCCCGAGCGGCGCCAUGACCCCAUCGGACAGCGACGACGAAACGGCGAGUGACCUCUCCGGGUCCCAGGAGAUCCGGGAGCUCCAGGACCAGUACGCGAUGGACCCCGAGAGCAGCUUCAAGUCCAAAAGCCUGCCCGCGCUGAACGGACCGUGUCGGCCGGACGGGAAGGCCGCCGAGCAUCGACCGGCCAACGCCGCCCUCACCUCGGACUCCGGUCGGGAGGAGACUCCCUCCUCCACGACGGACUUCUCCCCCUCCGCCUCCAGCGUGGUGGGGCUCAGCACCUCCCUGCCCCUGGAGGGCCGCGGGGCCGCCGGCUGCGGGGGCGGGAAACUGGGCUUCUCCCUUACCCGCCUCAUCCGCGUCCCGGCCAGAAGGUACGCGCGGUUCGUCCUGCGGGACUCCCGCUGCUUCCUGUUCUGCAUGUGCUACCUGACCUUCAUUCAGUCGCUGAUGGUUUCGGGCUACCUGAGCAGCGUCAUCACCACCAUCGAGAAGCGCUACAGCCUGCGCAGCUCCGAGUCCGGCCUGCUGGUCAGCUGCUUCGACAUCGGCAGCUUGCUGGUGGUGGUCUUCAUCUCCUACUUCGGGGGCCGGGGCCAGAGGCCCCGCUGGUUGGCUGUCGGCGGCGUGGUCAUCGCCGUGGGGGCGGCGUUGUUUUCUCUACCGCACUUCAUCUCGCCGCCGUACCAGAUCCAGGAGAUGAACGCGUCGAUGGGCAACGAGGGCCUCUGCCAGAGCGGCAACGGCAGCGGCCGCGAGCCCGGCGCGGCGGCGGCGUGCCCCCGCGACCAGGAGGGCAACGAGCACGGCCUGUACGUGACUCUGUUCAUAUGCGCCCAGAUACUCGUGGGCAUGGGCUCCACGCCCAUCUACACCCUGGGGCCCACCUACCUGGACGACAACGUGAAGAAAGAAAAUGCAUCUCUCUACUUGGCCGUCAUGUACGUGAUGGGAGCCCUGGGACCUGCAGCCGGCUACCUGCUGGGAGGCGUCCUCAUCGGCUUCUACGUCGACCCAAAGACUGUGGUCAACAUCGAUCAGAGUGACCCCCGCUUUGUUGGCAACUGGUGGAGCGGCUUUCUCUUGUGCUCCGUUGCCAUGCUUCUGGUCAUCUUUCCCAUGUUCGCCUUCCCCAAAAAGCUGCCGCCGCGCCACAAAAAGAGGAAGAAGAAAAAGAUGGGCUCGCCCGGCGACGUGUCCAGCGACGACGAGGUGAUGAAGGAAAAGUCCAGCGGCAAAGACGAGAACGUCUCCUCCUCCAUCGGCUUUGGGAAGGACAUCAAAGACCUCCCCAAGGCAGCACUGAGGAUCCUCAGCAACAAGACCUUCCUGUUCGUCAGCCUGUCCUACACGGCGGAGUGCGCCAUCGUGACCGCCUUCAUCACCUUCAUCCCCAAGUUCAUCGAGUCACAGUUUGGAAUCCCCGCCUCCAACGCCAGCAUCUACACCGGUGUGAUCAUCGUACCCAGCGCCGGGGUGGGCAUCGUGCUCGGGGGCUACAUCAUCAAGAAGCUGAAGCUCGGCGCCAGAGAGUCGGCCAAGCUGGCCAUGAUCUGCAGCGGGGUGUCCCUGCUCUGCUUCUCCACCCUCUUCAUAGUGGGCUGCGAGAGCAUCAAUCUGGGAGGCAUCAACAUCCCGUACACCACCGGUCCGACCCUUACGAUGACCCACAGGAACCUGACGGGCAGUUGCAACGUGAACUGUGGCUGCCGGAUCCACGAGUACGCCCCGGUGUGCGGCUCUGACGGCAUCACCUACUUCAACCCCUGUCUGGCUGGAUGCAGCACCGGGGGCAACGACAGCACCGGGAUGAGGAACUACACAGACUGCGGCUGUGUGCAGAGCAGACAGGUCAUCACUCCGUCCUCGGGCGGCCAGGUCAACCAGCUCCAACUGGUCAUCGUUAAAACCUACCUGAACGAAAACGGCUACGCCGUCUCGGGGAAGUGUGACCGCACCUGCAACACCCUCAUCCCCUUCCUCAUCUUCCUCUUUAUAGUCACCCUCAUCACCGCGUGCGCCCAGCCCUCCGCCAUCAUCGUCACACUCAGGUCCGUCAAUGAGCAGGAGAGGCCUUUUGCUCUCGGGAUGCAGUUUGUCCUACUCCGAACUCUUGCCUACAUCCCCACGCCCAUCUACUUUGGCGCUGUGAUCGACACCACCUGCAUGCUGUGGCAGCAGGACUGCGGCGUGCACGGCUCCUGCUGGGAGUACGACGUCACCUCGUUCCGCUUCGUCUACUUCGGCCUGGCGGCCAGCCUGAAGUUUGUGGGCUUCAUCUUCAUCUUUCUCACCUGGUACUCCAUCAAGCACAAGGAGGACCGGGAGGAUCGCUGGCGCCAGCGCCUGCCCCCGCUGGGCACGGUCAGCGAGCUCAUCUGCCACGCCGGAGGCCACAAGAGCCACGCGCGCACCCGCUCCUGCCCCGUGUUCAUCCCGCCCAGGCCGGACCCGCCCGCCGCCCUGCUGCUCAACCGCGGCCACAGCAGCCUCAGCUGCCCCGGCAAUGCCCUCAAAGCAAUAACCCCGCCCGGCCAGCUGCCGCAUCACCACGGAGGAUCCGCCUGCGUCUGAGAGACCUCCAAGCGUCUCUUCCCCCCCCCGCCCCUCCCCGGGGGCCAUUGUGACACGUGCCUUCCCGACACACGCGGUCUGCUUUACACCGAUCGGGCUCCGCAGCUGCCGCAGGACACACGCGGGCGCGGCCGACAUAUUUAAAGGGCUGCUCACCGCUGCAUCGUCUGACAACUGACAACUGCUCUUUCAUUCCCGAGCGCGCCAUGAGCCGCAGCCGCACACGGCACCCGCCCAGAAGGUCAUGGCCGCCGCUCGAAGGUUUCGGAUGAUGCAAAGCCGCUUCACGGUGCUACUGAUAAAGGGCAGGGCAUUAAUAUCUCUGUAGGGACGAGCCUCAUCGAAGCCUCUAAAGCACAACUGACACAAACUGUACUAUGCAAGAUCCCACGUACAGCUCCCUCUGUAUUACAUCUGUACCUCUUUCUUAUUCCCGCGCACAAUUACGCCCUGUGAUCGUCGACUCAUUAGGUGAAUCUGUUUUUCCUUCCAGGCUGAGCUGUGGGCACAUCGGCAACCUCUCUAGUGUUUGAGCCUUUUUCCGCCUUUUUCUCUUUUCUGGUGGUGUGGGAUCAUAACAAUUGAAGAAGCGUUUUUUUUUUAUUUUCCUUCCUUUUUCUGUAACUGUGCCUCUCAGGCUGUCUCGGCCAGUCCAGUACACAAAGCUAGCUCCCAGGCUAAACGCUAGCUACCCAAUUGUCACUGUUCUCUCAGUUGAGUGACCAAGUUCUGCUUUGUUGCCCCCCGGCAACGUCUUUGGGAACAGUCGUCACUGAGCUGCACCCGUCGGACAAAGCUCCUCGCCUUUGCAAAGUAACCAUGUAGCUUAAAGCUGACGAGCACCAGUGGCGCAGUGUUUAUUGGCUUCUAUGAAAUCUCUAUUUCAUCUGACACCACUUCUCUUAUAAGGUGUGGUAAUUAGCCACGUGGCAUAAAGGAAUAACAAAGGUGACUCAUCUCUGACUGUGUGCUGAUGCUACUGUAACGAUGUGAUUGUACUUGAAACUGGAGAUUUUGUAGAAUUUGGCAAAACAAAUCGACAAAUUUGACCCACAAUUCGCAACUUCUUCAAAGUUGAAUUAUUUGUAUCAUAUCGAUCUGCAAAAAAAAUAAAAAAUGGAUGCGUCAUUUUGGCUUUACAUUGAAACGGCGUCUCCAUGCUAAUGGUCAUCAAAUGUACAUAGCAGGUAUCUUGUAGUUUAGGCUUUUAGGAAAGUAGUGAGGAUGUGAAACAAAGCGACCCCAACGUGAGAUGUUGACUAUUGGGUUCCUGGGUGUUUAGGGCCCUCUAGUGGACAAAGGGGGGAUUGUGCUACAGCCAGUGAUCGCUGCUGUUUCUCACUGUACUAUGGAAUUCUUGGUUAAAAGGUUACUAUUAAACUAUUAAAGUUAUUGCACUGAAAUGUACCACACCAGAUUGACAUAUAAGAUAAUUUGCACCUUCUGCAGCUUGAGAUAAUUUGGUCUGCUAAUUGGUGGUAAUGUCUACAACAUUAGCUUUAACCAAUGCUAUGUUUUACUCAAAUGGUUCUACUUUUCUUUUAAUUUGGACUUAUUUUCUUAGAUAGUGCUUUAAUAUUUACUGCAUUAGUAUGAUUUAAAAAAGAUUUAUACGGAAAUAAAAGAAAAAAAGUUGUAUAAACUAUAAAUUGGUUAGAUUUAAGUUUUAGCUAUUAAAUAUUUCAACACUAAGCAGUGACUAUAUUUUAAAAGUAAACAUUUUGGGCCAAGGUUCACGGUAUUCUGCCAGGUAAAGAUUAUCUAGUGUAACGGCAGUGACUUAAGUAUUUCAGUAUUGUGAUGUAGCGCCUCAAAUGACAUAUUCGUAAGUGAUCAUUGUGUAAAUAUUGACCAAUCAAAUGAGUAUUAUAGAGCUUACAGAUAGUUAAACACAUAUUUAUAAACUUACCCAUGAUAUCGUAGUUGAAAUGAAAAGAAAAAACAAAACUGAAAGCUACAAAACGGAGGACUAGUCCCGUUGUGCCUGAACUGUGUCAUUCACGUGGGAAGGGUUGAGUUCAUUGUGCGUUUAUCACCGCUUCAAAAACGGAAAACCAAUGUGGAAGUAUUGAUCAGGUCCUCUAGAGCGCCUAAUGUGAUCCGAAGUCAUCUUACAACGAAGUAUUUAUCACGUUCCGUUGUGGCCGCUUAUCAAAUGGUGUUCAGAUAAAAUACUAAACGAAAAAGAUAUUUCCAAUUCUCCUGUACUUACUGAACCUUUGUAACUCUUCAGAACGUACGCAGGGAGAAUCAUUGACACCGUUGUUCUCCACGCCUACUUCUUAGCAUCCAGUGUCCUGCUGGUUACAUGCCGGGUCUACUACUGACGCACAUGACUUGGUUGACUGUAGAUGUUCUUUUAACACUUCUUCCCCCUUUCAUCAAUAUUUGAACCGAAAGUGAAUUUCUGGGAAAGAACAGAAGCUCUACUCAGCAGCUGAUGUCUGAACUUUUGGGUUUCCAAAUGCCUUGAAUACUUAAUGUCAUUAAAAAAAAAGUAAUGGUAUAAAAUGA